CAUCUCUACUGUAUCGGACCGGACGGCUCCGUGUCCGCAAUUUUUACGUUUAUUUUAAACAAAAGAAAACAGAUCUAAACAAAGGAAAUAAUUGUGAAAAUUUAGCAAAAACAUAACAAAAUUAAAAGCGUAUUUCCAAAAUAUACACAGAACACCUUGCUAACAUGCACUGUCCCUUAAAAAUUUUGACCGCGUCAUGUGUCAUCGUGACGCUCUUCGCUGCACAAAACGCUGCUGGUGACCGUUCUUCGACGGCAACGAAAAGAGUGUCGCAGGCAAAUGGCAACUUAAUCGAGUUGGACGAGGACAAUUGGCAUUUAAUGUUAAAUGGCGAAUGGAUGAUUGAAUUCUUUGCUCCCUGGUGCCCUGCCUGCAAAAAUUUGGCGCCAGUUUGGGAACGAUAUGCGAGCACAGCUAAGGAUGUUAAUGUCAAUGUGGCCAAGAUUGAUGUAACCACAUCGCCAUCGCUUAGUGGACGCUUCUUUGUCACCGCCUUACCCACUAUUUAUCACGUGAAGGAUGGAGAAUUCCGACAAUAUCGUGGCGCACGCGAUGCCGAUGCUUUGUUAUACUUCUUGAAAAAGAAGUCGUGGCAGAGUAUUGAGCCGCUGUCCUCAUGGAAAAAGCCCGACACCAUUCAUAUGUCCCUUCUAUCCUAUUUCUUUAAGCUGUCGCACACAUUGAAGCGCACACAAAAACUCUUUAAGGAUUUCAACGCUCGCCUGCAAGAGGAAUAUGGAUUGCCCACCUGGGGCUCCUAUGCAUUGUUUGCCAUCGCCACAAUAUUUGUGGGAGCUGCCCUGGGGUUGAUGCUUGUGUGCAUUGUGGACUUUGUUUACCCUCCAAAGAAAGCACAGCGUCAGAGCUUCUCCGAGUCGCAGGAGCAUCUAGCAGAAGGGGUAGAGGACCUAGCUACCGAGGAAAUCGAAGAUGAUGAGGAAGCUGUCGAACAUGAGGGACGCCACAGCGAUGAUGAUGAUGAUGAGGAGGAGGAGGAAGAAGAUGCCGAAGUAGAGGCGGAACAGAAGCAAAAUAAUGGUGACACUACAAAUAAAAAUAAGUCUGAAAACAAGGUAGAGAAAACAGCAGCAACAGACAAAUCGGCCGGCGAUGAGGCGUCUGAGAGCACAGAUAAACCCAAUACAGAACAGGUGCGCAAGCGUAAGCCCCGCAAGGCGGAUUAGAGUAUGCUCGAGGUAUGCUGAGCGACGCGUAGGGUGGCAACAAAAAGACUAACAUAACAUUACAAAAGAAACAAUCGAAACAUUUAGCAUUGUAACAA